UUUCUGACCACAGCGCUAUGAGACUAGAUAUCAAUUACAGGAAAAAUCUGUAAAAUAUACUAACACAUGGAGGCUAAACAAUACACUACUAAGUAACCAAGAGAUUACUGAAGAAAUCAAAGAAGAAAUCAAAAAAUACCUAGAAACAAAUGACAAUGAAAACACGAUGACCCAAAACCUAUGGGAUGAAGCAAAAGCAGUUCUAAGAGGGAAGUUUAUAGCAAUACAAUCCUACCUCAAGUAACAAGAAACAUCUCAAAUAAACAACCUAACCUUACACCUAAAGCAAUUAGAGAAAGAAGAACAAGAAAACCCCAAAGUUAGCAGAAGGAACGAAAUCAUAAAUAUCAGACCAGAAAUAGAUGAAAAAGAAAUGAAGGAAAUGAUAGCAAAGAUAAUUAAUCCUAAAAGCUGGUUCUUUGAGAAGAUAAACAAAAUUACUAAACCAUUAGCCAGACUCAUCAAGAGAAAAAGGGAGAAGACUCAAAUCAACAGAAUUAGAAAUGAAAAAGGAGAAGUAACAACUGACACUACAGAAAUUCAAAGGAUCAUGAGAGAUUACUACAGGCAACUAUAUGGCAAUAAAAUGGACAACCUGGAAGAAAUGGACAAACUCUUAGAAAAGCACAACCUUCUGAAAUUGAACCAGGAAGAAAUAGAAAAUAUAAACAGACCAAUCACAAACACUGAAAUUGAAACUGUGAUUAAAAACCUUCCAACAAACAAAAGCCCAGGACCAGAUGGCUUCACAGGUGAAUUCUAUCAAAUAUUUAGAGAAGAGCUAAUACCUAUCCUUCUCAAACUCUUCCAAAAUAUAGCAGAGGGAGGAACACUCCCAAACUCAUUCUACGAGGCCACCAUCACCCUGAUACCAAAACCAGACAGAGAUGCCACAAAAAAAGAAAACUACAGGCCAAUAUCACUGAUGGACAUAGAUGCAAAAACCCUCAACAAAAAUACCAGCAAACAGAAUCCAACAGCACAUUAAAAGGGUCAUACACCAUGAUCAAGUGGGGUUUAUCCCAGGAAUGCAAGGAUUCUUCAAUAUAUGCAAAUCAAUCAAUGUGAUACACCAUAUUAACAAAUUGAAGAAUAAAAACUAUAUGAUCAUCUCAAUAGAUGCAGAAAAAGCUUUCGAGAAAAUUCAACACCCAUUUAUGAUAAAACCCUCCAGAAAGCAGGCAAAGAGGGAACUUACCUCAACAUAAUAAAGGCCACAUAUGACAAACCCACAGCCAACAUCGUUCUCAAUGGUGAAAAACUGAAAUUAUUUCCACUAAGAUCAGGAACAAGGCAAAGUUGCCCACUCUCACCACUAUUAUUCAACAUAGUUUUGGAAGUUUUAGCCACAGCAGUCAGAGAAGAAAAAGAAAUAAAAGGAAUCCAAAUCAGAAAAGAAGAAGUAAAGCUGUCACUGUUUGCAGAUGACAUGAUAGUAUACAUAGAGAAUCCUAAAGAUGCUACCAGAAAACUAUUAGAGCUAAUCAAUGAAUUUGGUAAAGUAGCAGGAUACAAAAUUAAUGCACAGAAAUCUCUUGCAUUCCUAUACACUAUUGAUGAAAAAUCUGAAAGAGAAAUUAAGGGAACACUCCCAUUUACCACUGCAACAAAAAGAAUAAAAUACCUAGGAAUAAACCAACCUAAGGAGACAAAAGACUUGUAUGCAGAAAACUAUAAGACACUGAUGAAAGAAAUUAAAGAUGAUACAAACAGAUGGAGAGAUAUACCAUGUUCUUGGAUUGGAAGAAUCAACAUUUUGAAAAUGACUAUACUACCCACAGCAAUCUACAGAUUCAAUGCACUCCCUAUCAAACUACCAAUGGCAUUUUUCACAGAACUAGAACAAAAAAUUUCACAAUGUGUAUGGAAACACAAAAGACCCCAAAUAGCCAAGGCAAUCUUGAGAAAGAAAAAUGGAGCUGGAGGAAUCAGGCUCCCUGACUUCAGACUAUACUGCAAAGCUACAGUAAUCCAGACAAUAUGGUACUGGCACAAAAACAGAAAUAUAGAUCAAUGGAACAGGAUAGAAAGCCCAGAGAUGAAUAAACCCACGCACAUAUGGUCAUCUUAUCUUUGAUAAAGGAGGCAAGAAUAUACAAUGGAGAAAAGACAGCCUCUUCAAUAAGUGGUGCUGGAGAGCUACAUGUAAAAGAAUGAAAUUAGAAUGCUCCCUAACAGCAUACACAAAAAUAAACUCAAAAUGGAUUAAAGACCUAAAUGUAAGGCCAGGCACUAUACAACUCUUAGAAGAUAACAUAGGCAGAGCACUCCAUGACGUAGAUCACAGCAAGAUCCUUUUUGACCCACCUCCUAGAGAAAUGGAAAUAAAAACAAAAAUAAACAAAUGGGAUCUAAUGAAACUUAAAAGCUUCUGCACAGCAAAGGAAACCAUAAACAAGACAAGAAGACAACCCUCAGAAUGGGAGAAAAUAUUUGCAAACGAAGCAACUGACAAAGGAUUAAUCUCCAAAAUAUACAAGCAGCUCAUGCAGCUCAACAUCAAAAAAGCAAACAACCCAAUCCAAAAAUGGGCAGAAGACCUAAAUAGACAUUUCUCCAAAGAAAAUAUACAGAUUGCCAACAAACACAUGAAAGGAUGCUCAACAUCAGUAAUCAGUAGCAAAAUGCAAAUCAAAAGUACCAUGAGGUAUCACCCCACACCGGUCAAAAUGGCCAUCAUCAAAAAAUCUACAAACAAUAAAUGCUUUAGAGGGUUUGGAGAAAAGGGAACCCUCUUGCACUGUUGGUGGGAAUGUAAAUUGAUUCAGCCACUAUGGAGAACAGUAUGGAGGUUCCUUAAAAAACUAAAAAUAGAACUACCAUACAACCCAGCAAUCCCACUACUGGGCAUAUACCUUGAGAAAACCAUAAUCCAAAAAGGAUCAUGUACCACAGCGUUCAUUGCAGCUCUAUUUACAAUAGCGAGGACAUGGAAGCAACCUAAGUGUCCAUCGACAGAUGAAUGGAUAAAGAAGAUGUGACACAAUGGAAUAUUACUCAGCCAUAAAAAGAAAGAAAAUUGAGUUACUUGUGACAUGGAUGGACCUAGAGUCUGUCAUACAGAGUGAAGAAAUAAAGUCUCUGCUUUCACUUUUUGGAGGUCAGUUCACCAGUAGUCAGGAAACUUAUGGAAAGUCUCCUUUUUGGAUUCUUAGCAUCCCCUCUGAAGAUAUUGCCAGAAACUUAAUGAAACGGACAGUGUGUGCCAAGUCUAUAUUUGAACUAUGGGGUCAUGGAAAGUCUCCAGAGGAGCUGUAUAGUUCUUUGAAAAACUACCCUGUGGAUAAGAUGGUUCCAUUUCUGCAUUCAGAUUCUACAUAUAAAAUAAAGAUUCACACAUUUAAUAAAACGUUGACACAAGAAGAAAAAGUCAAACGGAUAGAUGCACUUGAAUUUCUGCCAUUUGAAGGAAAAGUGAAUUUAAAGAAGCCACAACAUAUAUUCUCUAUUUUGGAGGAUUAUGGUUUGGACCCAAACUGCAUCCCUGAGAAUCCACAUAAUAUCUAUUUUGGUAGAUGGAUUGCAGAUGGGCAGAGAGAGCUUAUUGAGUCAUACAGUGUCAAAAAGAGACACUUUAUUGGAAAUACAAGCAUGGAUGCUGGUUUAUCAUUCAUCAUGGCCAACCACGGAAAAGUGAAAGAAAAUGAUAUUGUAUUUGAUCCAUUUGUUGGAACAGGUGGCCUUCUGAUAGCAUCUGCUCAUUUUGGUGCAUAUGUAUAUGGGACAGACAUAGACUACAACACCAUUCAUGGCUUGGGAAAGGCUAGUAGGAAAAACCAGAAAUGGAGAGGACCAGAUGAAAACAUUAGGGCAAAUCUUCGUCAGUAUGGUUUAGAGAAGUAUUACCUUGAUGUCCUGGUUUCAGAUGCAUCUAAACCUUCUUGGAGGAAGGGCACAUAUUUUGAUGCAGUCAUCACUGAUCCUCCAUAUGGUAUUAGAGAGUCUACAAGAAGAACAGGUUCACAGAAGGAAAUACCAAAGGGGAUAGAAAAAUGUCCAGAAAGCCACGUUCCUGUUUCCUUGAGUUAUCAUCUGAGUGAUAUGUUUUUUGACCUGUUAAACUUUGCAGCUGAGACCCUCGUAUUAGGUGGAAGACUAGUCUAUUGGUUACCAGUGUACACACCAGAAUACACUGAAGAGAUGGUACCCUGGCACCCUUGCUUGAAACUCAUCAGCAACUGUGAGCAGAAGCUUUCCAGUCACACAUCAAGGCGCUUGAUAACGAUGGAAAAGGUGAAGGAAUUUGAGAACCGGGACCAGUAUUCACAUCUGCUGAGUGAUCACUUUCUGCCGUACCAAGGUCAUAAUUCCUUCCGUGAGAAAUAUUUCAGUGGGGUAACAAAAAGAAUUGCCAAGGAAGAAAAAUCUAACCAGGAGUGAAAAUUAGGAUUUUGACAAUGGAGAAAGAAUAAGGAUUUGAUAGAAAAGACAUCUGGAUGUGAACUUUCAUGUAUGAUACAGGAAAUGUACUGUUUUAAAUAAUUUUAUAUAACAAAAUAAAUGCUAUAAAGUCAACUGAACAAUUCUUUUAACGUUAGCUUUGUUUUAUAGACUAUUUUGUUGGAUGUGGUCUUUUGAACUUUAUAUUUAUGCUUUCAAGUAU